AUGCGUACACCAAACACGCCUCUCUUUCUCUCUUCUCCAUCAAAGACAACAAGACUCAUUGAAGAAGAAAGAAAGAAAGAAAGAAAAGAAAAUGGAGGGAACAUAAAAGCCGCCAUUAUUAGCCAUACACUUCUAAAUCUUUUAUGCAAUUUCGGGUUUUUGGGUUGGUGGUGGAGAUGUGAUUCUCAUUUAUGAAGGGAAUUGGAGUUUUCCAGUCCGAGGGGAAUUAAUGGAAGAGAUGUCUCCAGCAGUAUCCUUUACACUCCGGUUAAGUGACACAAUCGUUGAUAGCCCUACGACAGGGAUUACUAGGCUGAAAAUUGUGGCUGAUGGAAGCAGUUGCAAUGGUGCGAAAGUUGAUGGAACUAAAUCAACUAAUGAAAUUAAUAGUGAGGAAAUGACCUCACAGAUAAGAUUGCCAAUUGCUGUUGAGUUUGAAGGCAUUGAUAGUGGCCAAAUUGUUGCUAAGGUUAUAAGUGUGGAAAAACCAAGUUUUGAAGACAUUUCUUCUUGUCCCCAUUCGAAUAAAGGAGGUGUGAAGAGUGUGUUUGAAUUGGAUUGUGUGCCAAUAUGGGGUUAUGUGUCUAUAUGUGGAAAGAGCCAAGAAAUGGAAGAUGCAGCCAUGGCAGCUCCAUACUUUAUGAGAAUUCCUAUUAAGAUGUUCAUUGGGGACCGUGUGGUGGAUGAUGGGCUUAGCCAAACUUUGAGUCACCUAACUUCUCAUUUUUUUGGAGUUUACGAUGGUCAUGGAGGAUCCCAGGUUGCCAACUACUGCCGGGAAUGAAUCCAUUUGGCUUUAGCUGAAGAGUUGAAAUUUUCCAAAGAUGAUUUAUUGUGUGAUAGCAGUUCAAGGGAUGUUAGGCAAUUGCUGUGGGAGAGGGCGUUCAGAAGCUGCUUUCUGAAGGUUGAUGAUGAAGUCGGAGGAAAAGUGGGCAUGGAAGAUGACGCGGCUGGAGAAUCUGACCCCAUUGCCCCUGAAACCGUGGGAUCCACAGCUGUGGUUGCAGUGAUUUCUUCUUCACAUAUUGUAGUUGCAAACUGCGGGGAUUCAAGAGCUGUCCUUUAUCGCGGGAAACAAGCCAUGGCUUUGUCAAUCGAUCACAAACCAAAUCGCCAAGACGAGUGUACAAGAAUUGAAGCUUUAGGUGGCAAGGUUAUACAGUGGAAUGGACAUCGCGUUUUCGGCGUUCUUGCAAUGUCAAGGGCUAUUGGUGACAGAUACUUGAAGCCAUGGAUCAUACCAGAACCAGAAGUGGCAUUCGUCCCCAGAGCCAGAGAUGACGAAUGCCUUGUUUUGGCCAGCGAUGGCCUGUGGGAUGUGAUGACAAAUUUGGAGGCGUGUGAAGCGGCAAGAAAGAAGAUUCUGGUUUGGCACAAGAAGAACGGUGGGCCAAAGCCUUCAGAGAGGGGCGCAGGGGUUGACCCUGCUGCACAAGCAGCAGCAGAUUACCUCUCCAUGCUUGCCCUCCAGAGGGGAAGCAGAGACAACAUCUCUGUCAUUGUUGUGGACUUGAAAGCUCAAAGGAAGUUCAAGACCAAAUCUUAGUUGACCAUUCAUCAUCUCUAUUGCUGCAGAAUUCAUGAAUUGCAUCUUGUCAUUAUCAUUUCAUGAUUUUUGCCCAUUCUUUUUUCAUGUGGGCUUGAAGUGUGUGCAUGGCAAUAGUGCUUAGUAUUUGUAUUUGUAGAAACCUUUACUAAAAAUGACUUCUUUUU